GGUGGAACCAAAACGACGAGAAGAAUGGCGAAAAAAGUAGCGCCUGCGGCAUUGCAGACAGAAGUUGUUAAUGAUGAGGAAUGGGCUAAGGUAUUGAAACGGAAGGGUUUAGUAGUAGUAGAUGUGUACUCAGAUUGGAGUGGUUCUUGCACAGGCAUGGUGAGCAUUCUGAAAAAGAUAAAAAUGGAAAUUGGAGGUGAUGCAUUGAGUUAUGCUACGGCAAGUUGCGAUCGCGUUACCGAUUUAAAUAGGUUUCAAGGAAAAAGCGAACCUACAUGGAUGUUUAUUCACGAAGGUCGAAUGAUAAAUUUAAUGUUCGGAGCGCAUUGUCCGCAGUUCGUGAAAAUGCUAAUGACUGAGCUUGAAAGAGUUCAAAAGGGUGACGAACACGAAUUUUCACUCGACGUUUCCGAAAUGAGUCCAGAAGAAGUAAUACGAUUGAAAAUUCAGGAAGAGGCAAAAAUAGUCAAAGAGACUGCAAGGAAAUCUCGAAAAGCGGCUGAAGCUAAGGCAAGAUAUGAAGCGGAGAUGUUGCAUUUGACCACAUCAUUGUGCAAUGAGACUUGUUUGUUAUUAUUUCCUUGGAUAUUUAAGGAUGAAGAAGGACGUAGAAGAGACAAGAGGAUAAGUCCACCAUAUGUAGAGUUAACAGAGGAAUUAUUACCGGAAAAUUUCAUAGUAGAACAGGAGAUACGCAAACGAUUGAAUGAAGAUUUAAUCCGACAAAUGCUCGAUGAAGUAUCUUGUUCUCCUACUAUACCGAUAGAUUUAAUAUUUGUAUUAAUGUUAAUAAAAAAUUUAUCAUUCUUUUUAUUUUUUAACACGCAGUCCACAUAUAGCUUUUCGGAGAUUAGCAAACAAUUGCUCCUCGAUGGCAAAUGUAUGUUUAUGCGAUUAAAAAUCGUCGAAGGAAGAAAAAAUCUUGACGUUCAUAGUCAUUUAUGCAAUAUUCUGUUCAAUGAAUCGACUUUACCAGAAUCGGAAGACUCAUUAAAUGAGGAUUGGUGUGUGAAAAU